CUUUCAGAAAAUACACAAAAGACUUGAGAUUGUACAAAUUCAGAUGAAUGUCAGCUUUUCGGCCUAUUUUGCUGCAUAAGCAGCUCGGAAUUCCGAGCUAAGUGGGAAAUGGGACCACUGCAUGCAUUUCAUCCAUACUCUCCUGUUUCACAUCAUUCGGCCUUUCACAGGUAGUAACUCAAUCUUCGCCGUGAAGAGAUGGAGCUAGACACUAUGGAAGGAAAGCCAGGCUGCCUGUCUUGUGGAGCCAAGUUCAACCACCGGAUGUCAUCCUUUGGUCGUGAGGGUGAAGGUAAUUCUGAGCUUGUUCGACUCAACGACGCCCCGUCCAUUGAGCUGCAACCUUGUCCAGAAUCAAACUCAGUUGCUUUAGCAAAUCACAGCAUGGAACUAAUAUUCCGUGUCUUUCGUACUUGGCCUCAGAUGCUGGCUGAGGGAUUUCAACUGCCUCCAAUAUUCCACUCCACACAUUUUGCCCAGCAUGAUGUUCUGCCCCGGCCACUGGCCACUUGCACAACAUUAGUCAAAAUGUGGCAUGGACAAAGCGUAGGAGCUGAAGAGAUUCCCGAAGAACUUGACGAAACGAUGCUCAUAGCAGUUCUACAAGCUGUAGUGAUUUAUUCCAUUAUCCUCCUCUCCCCAUCAAAAGCCCCACAAAAUUCCCCUGAUGAUAAUGAAAUCGUCUUUCAAAAAGUCGAGUCACUUGUGUGGCACGUUGUGCGUGAUGGUCUUUUUCUCAAAGAAGAGAGAGCACAGACACGACCAUGUUGGCAAGCUUGGAUACAUGUCGCAUCCAAACGUAGAGCAGUGCUCACUUUAUAUCUCCUUCCCUGGGCAUAUUCUGUGUUGCACAAAGUUCAAUGUUUCGACUGUAAAGACCUUAGGUUUAUGCCUGCACCGGCCCCAAAGGUACUUUGGCAAGCAAGCACUGAACAAGAGUGGAACACAAAAUACAUACAUUGGCUUUCGAGAUGGAGUGGCCGAAUCUACCUUCAAGCCGAGAUUGGAGAUAUUCUACCCGGUACUACUUUGAACAAUAGAGCAGAGAAAUGGUUUGGGGAGGUUGACGAGUUUUGGUUUAUUAUGGCUUCAAUUGUUAACGCUACGGAAUUUGACCCACCAUCACUUAAAAUAUUAAUUCAGUAAUCGUAUAAAUACUUGGGAUAAUAAAUCAUCAUUUCAUUAUUUUAUAAAGGUAAAUCUAACACGCACAUAAAAUUUAUAGACAUUUGAUUUCAGGACCUCGUUGCUGAAUCUAAUUUCCCAAUAUGUCCACCAUUCAAUAGUUAGAACCAACUACUGACUCCUCGAUCUUCGUUAUAUGCCAGCCAAGUUCAAUAUAAAGUGGAAUUUACUUAGGCGAAUAACCACUCCGCUCGUAGACUCGAAUUUCUUUCACGCCUUGAGGGUGUCUACCCACCCCUCCAAAUCCAUGUUGAAUAUAGAGACAUCACCCCUCGGAACACCCAUCAUGAUAGUCAAUCGAUAAUCAAUCAACCACUUCACAGUUCCCCCUUCGGUCACCUUCACAAGUUUAUGGAGAUAUCUGGCUUCGGCAAAGAACGACUUGUCGUCGGCGAAGUGGCUUGCUGAGACAUAUGUGGUAGCUUCAGCAGUGUCAUUUCCAUCUUCUGUAACUGCUAGAUGACAGUGUCGAUGCCAUUUAUGAGACCAAGAGAACCUGUAUAGUCCGCUGCACAGUCUUUUGUGAAUGAAUUGCGAAGCCCCUCAAAGGUGUUCAUAUCAAAAGAAAUUGCAACGUUUGCAAUUGCAUUUCUGAUAAGUUCGUGAUCUGAUGUAAUAGACUCCAUUGCUAUGGUUCUGUUACUUGAUGGAAGGAUGUCUGUGUAGAAUGUGUUGGCUUUUAUGAUAUGUUGUGAACUGGAGCUUGAGGUGAUGUAGAGGAGAGUAUUGGUAUUUGUCUGAUUACAAUUCAAACACGAGUCAAUGCCAGGAAAUCUUGCCUUAUAUAUAUCUGCUCAUGAGCGUUCAGUUCCUUGAUUAUAAUAUACAGUCAUCAAUUCUGACGUAUUGAUUAUCAAUGCUUGCAAGCAAUUGAACUGGACAAUACCAUCUCCAGAAUGAUAGAUUAGCAAUCUGAGAUUCGGAGCUCUCUGUUUCACAAAGAUUCCCGAAUUCAACAAUAUCCUGACAAAUUACAAAUCCUGACCCCCAGAUCGGCGGAGUAGUUAAGAGAAGGAAUCAAGGAAAUUAUGGGAAUUUGUAUUUGAACCAGCAUGCAUAUCUGGAGGUAAAUAUU